CUCAUCAAGCUGUCAUCAACAUGGGAAGGCAUCCAAGCUGGCAAGAUUCUUGAAGAGCAACAUGGGAUUCAUUGUAAUCUGACCUUGCUCUUUUCCUUUGCUCAGGCAGUUGCUUGUGCAGAAGCAGGGGUCACCCUCAUUUCUCCUUUUGUUGGGCGUAUUCUCGAUUGGUAUGUUGCAAAUACAGACAAAAAAACCUAUGAGCCAUCAGAGGACCCAGGGGUAAAGAGUGUCACUAAAAUCUAUCAUUAUUACAAAAAGUUUGACUAUAAAACUAUUGUAAUGGGAGCUUCUUUUCGGAACACUGGACAAAUCAAAGCACUGACUGGCUGUGAUUUUCUCACCAUUUCACCUAAACUUCUGGGAGAGCUCAGUAAAGAUAACAGCAAGCUAACACCAAAACUGAACGUCAAAGAUGCUCAGGCAUCUGACUUGGAGAAGAUCCACCUAGAUGAAAAGAAAUUCCGUUGGCUUCAUAAUGAAGACCAAAUGGCUGAGGAGAAACUGUCAGAUGGAAUCAGAAAAUUUGCUGCUGAUGCAGUUAAACUGGAAGUCAUGAUAAAGGAACGCAUGUUCGGUACUGCAAAUGGAAAGUAGACAUGCCAAAUUUUAUGGAUGCUAUAUAGAUGUAAAGAUUUACAUGCUGCAUACGAAAAGAUUUUCUGUAGUCACAGGUUUCUAUAUGAAUUUGCAGAGAAAAAUUCUUCAGGUCUGCUGUGCUUUUAUAUAUCAGGAUUGUAAUAUUACAAUUCUGUAUUACCAAUAUUUUUAUUCUUCACUAUAUUGCAGAUACAUCAAGGACCAAUUGCCUAGCUUUUUUUCUUCAAGGUACUAUUACUAAUAAUGAUAAAACAUUCUGAUGUAUGGGUGCAUUCCAAAAGAAUAAAACAUACAUUUUAUACAGAUUUCUUGACUCCUGUUGAGGCAAGUCCUCCGUUUGAAGGAUGUGUACAUGCUAUUUCUACAAACAAAAUUACUGUAAGAUUUGAACAAGCAUGUUUUAUAAACAUUCCAUUCUUACAAUUA